AUGCUCGUCGCAGGCGGCGUGCUAGUCGGCACUGGAAUAUGGCUCCAAGUGACUGACAACGCUGGCCCGCAUGACCUCGUGUACAACGACGACACCUUCUGGAAGUUUGUUCUCAACUUUGGUGUCGCGGGCAUGAUCGUCGGUGUCUUCCUCAUUGUCGCCGCCAUCUCUAGUCUCAUCGCCCUCUCGCGCAAAUGUGUCGGGUCGUGUUUCAAGGUCGUCUACGUUGUCAUGGCCCUCCUUAUUCUAGUUGUCCUCGUCUUUAUCACCGCGCUCUCCGCUGUUAUCCGCGCCAGAGGAAAUACGGAAGUCACGAGAGACUUUCUCGAAGAUGCAUGGCAGAGCACAGUCACUGCGGACCCCGAUCAGAUCUGCAGACUCGAGGAGUUUUAUAAAUGCCGUGGCUUCAAUGACAGUGAAUGCAAAGAGUGUAGUGUCCCCGGCGAUGUCACAGAUUGUUCUCCAACCGCUAAUUGUGCGCGGUGUGGGGUGGACACGUUUGCUGGUGUUGGGUGCUAUGAUGAAAUUGUAGCAAGUGUUUCAAACUUUUUCUUGCCCGUCGCUAUUAUUGGGGGAAUUCUUUCAGUUGUCAUCAUCAUUGAUAUCUUUAUGACUUGCGCGCUCUAGGGCCUGACAUGCCUAGAAAAACACUAAGGCAAAACACCAAAGCUAUUUCCGUCAGCCUGUGCUUGUCAUUUAUCGUGCUACUUUCCGCUGUUCGUCAUUCAAUCUAUCACCGCUGCCUGUUCCGGUAUCUAACAUAGAGGCACAACUUCAAAGUCAUGAAUCUAUUGCAUCUAGGAGAUCAAGCAUGGACAUCGUAAACCCGCGGUAUAGACUCGUUGAAGAUUGAAGGAAUGAUUGGAGCUCAUGUUUCAAUGAAAGGGGAACCACAACACACACUUUUCGAAAAGUCAGGUACAUGUGGUAUUAACAUAAAUUAGCAACCAAUCGUGA